GAUUGGAUUGAUUCUUUUUGCGAGACAUUCUUCCUCUCAACCAAAGACCAAAGGGGCGCAAAGGUCGGGCCAAAGCCCAAAAAAACUGAGGGAAUUCCAGCUUCCAGGCGCCAGCGUUCAUGGAGAGAACCCUCCAAGAAAAAAAAACCUUGUGCUUCUGCUUCUUUUGUCACAGCUUUGCAAGCUUGUAUUGUGCUUGAACCACUAAUUGGUGCGAGCACAACAAUGGCUUGGUGCUGUCCAAGAAGAACAUUCCUUGCACCAUGACACCCCAACAACCCCAACAUCAGCCGCAGCAAGCAAGAAACAAAAAGCCUCGACACCGGAACCGUCCUCAUAAUAAUCGGCGUUCGAAGGCUCCAAAGAGCUCAGAGACAAACAAUCAAACUCUAGUAGUGGCAGACCACAACAACAAUAAUGUCACCCGCGUUGUUCACGCUCCAGGUUUGGGUCCUGAUCUUCCACAGCUCGUCAUUACCUACACCAACGAUCAGCAGGUCAUUGCCGACUGGUUACAGCAACAUAUUAUUAUAGGAGGAGACGUGGAAGCCAAUUAUUUGCAAUGCCUUGGGCUGGAUACAGAGAGCAAGCCGACAUUCACGCGAGAGGCAUAUCUGGCUUCGAAAGGACCGGAUGUGCUGCAGUUGGCCAAGGCCGACGGGAAUUGCUUGGUGAUUCAUCUCUGUUUUAUGGAAAAAUUGAUGGAUCUAAAGUCCGUUUAUCACUGCGAAAGCAUCCAUGAUUUGCUACAGAGCCAGGCUGGAAAUUCCAAACGGAACAAUCGACUGGAAGGUUAUCGGAAACUUGCGUCCGUAUUGAAUUGUCGUCACAUUGCCAAGGCAGGAGUGGGCUUGGAAGCCGAUGCAGUGGACCUAUAUGAAAACAAGUUGCUGGAAAUGAAUUGCCGGUUCGAUCUGAGAACCAUUCCCACUGACGACGAGGGCGUCAGUGACCACAAUAGUCAAUCAUCAUCCAACAAGAGCAGUAGUAAUUCCGAGGAGGGACAGAAUGGCAACGUUGCCAAGAAAGGCAACAACAACAAUAAGCGACCAGAGGGUCUCAAAGGACUCACAGAGUACUACGUUCCAGGGAUGAUUUUACCCAAAGUGAAACGGCUCCAAAUGAGCAACUGGGCCGCACGCUUGUCCGACGCGCAAGUUCGGUAUGCUGCCGGAGACGCCUUUGCCGCUGCGAUUACAGUUCAUACACUCAUCAAUUCUUCCGCCAAUACGCACACGCUAGAGUCUUUCACAAAUACAGUGAUGGCUGCAGAAGUUGACAUGGACCGAGUGUUGAUCAAAAAGAAGAAGAAGCAGGAAGCAAAGAAAAACAAGAAAAAGAAACGGGGACAAGAUAAGGGUGGUCAAAAGAAGGGAAACCAACCACAAAACAACAAUAAUACCGGUAGCAACAACGAUGGUACCAAGAAGAAAGCGAGGUCCCAAAAGCGAAAGAACAGCAAUGCAAAGCCUGCAUCGAGGGGUUCGGGGGGUCCAAGCAAGAAGCAAAAGGGAAACUCCAGCUAGCUACCAAGUAGCUCCUCCGAUGACCCCCCAAGUUUCCGAACCGCUUUGAUACAAUGCAAUACAACAGCUCUACAUGAUGGAGAGACAAUUAAACUUUACAUGCACGUUAUAGACAGUGUCAAAGGGCACCUUGUAGAACCUAUUGGCUCAACAAUGGCCCCACAACUCAAAACCGACGUCUCUUGUUGUUUCAAGGGACGAGGUUGCAUCGCCACACCCACCGGCGCCAACAUCGUUGCGUUGAGCACAAUGUUGGAGUUUUUCGGGACUGUGUUCCACCCGCACGAGAUACAUGUCCGACGACGAAAAUGUUAUCGGAAGGUCCUUGCUCAAGAAACGAGGAGGGAAGCUGGGUACCAGGUACAGUAGUACUGCUCUUUUGUUGUUGCCAGUGAACUCCCAUGACGCACCACCGGCUGUGUAGUCGUGUAGUCAGCUCAUGCCAAGUGCAGUCCUCUCCUCAGCGUUUGCAAUGCUCGAUCGAUUGAAUCGAAUCAUUCGAUUGACCAUUUAUCUUCAGUCGAAUAAUCAGAGUCGAGUCGAGUCCACUCAGUCGAGUCGAGCCGAAAUCGAAUCUGAAUUCGAGAAUGGUUCGUGGGUGAG